UGGAGACAGCUUGUCGAGAAAUACGGCAGCGUCGAGCUUGAGAACAAGGGCAGUGUUGCACGCGACCAUCUUGCACUGGAGCGCACCUUUCUGGCAUGGUUGCGCACAUCACUCUCGUUCGCAUCGAUCGGUAUCGCCAUUACGCAACUCUUCAGACUCAACACAUCGAUUGCAAACGAAAAAGAUUCAGAGUCAGAUUCAGAUCUAGCAUCAGCGCCAAGUUCAGUCAACAACAUCAACAGAGCAAAGUUGCGGCAACUGGGCAAGCCACUAGGAGUGACGUUCCUCGGAGUGUCAAUUCUUAUCCUUCUGCUUGGGUUCCACCGGUACUUUGAGAGUCAGCACUAUGUGAUUCGUGGCAAGUUUCCAGCCUCGAGAGGUAGUAUUAUGGUUGUCUCGUUCGUGGCGGGAGCGCUGAUUGUGGCGAGUCUGGUGGUGGUUAUCGCUGUCGCUCCUUCUGCUUUCGAGACGUAA